AUGAGGCUGCGGCCGCUCCCCGCGCUGCUCCUUCCCCUCCUGCUGUGGGCGCCGCGCGGGCUGGAGGCGCUGGGGCGCCCGCCGCGACACCCGCGCUACGAUACGGUUGAAUCCAUGCUGUCAGACUAUGACAUCCUUUCUCAGUCCAGUAUCCAGCAGCACUCACUGAAGAAGAGGGACCUCCAGCCUGAGACGCAUGUAGAGAGACUCCUAAGUUUUUCAGCUCUGCAAAGGCACUUUAAAUUAUACUUAACUGCAACUGCUGAACACUUUUCAGAAAAAUUCCAAGCAUUAAUUGUGGAUGGUGAAGGCAAGGAGAAGGAGUAUCGUGUUCAAUGGCAAGACUUUUUCACUGGACAUGUUGUUGGGGAGCAUAACUCUAAGGUUGUGGCACAUAUUGGGGAUGAAGACUUUACAGUAAGAAUCAGUACUGACGGAGAAGAAUACAACAUCGAGCCACUCUGGAGGUUUAUAGAUAAUGUGCAAGAUGAGAGACUGCUGGUCUACAGAUCUGAAGAUAUUAAAGAUUUCUCACGCUUGCAGUCCCCCAAAGUGUGUGGUUAUUUAAAGCUGAAUGAAGAAGACCUGUUGCCCAAAGGCCUGGAAGAUAAAAAGCAAAAUGAAGCAAGCGCCCGUCGGGAGAAAAGAGCCGUGGCGGCGAGCUCGAAGAACACGUGCAAGAUGCUGGUGGUGGCGGAUCAUCGCUUCUUCAAGUACAUGGGCCGCGGCGAGGAGAGCACCACUAUCAACUACUUGAUUGAGUUGAUAGACAGAGUAGAUGACAUCUACCGAAACACUUCCUGGGACAACGGGGCCUUCAAUGGCUACGGCAUUCAGAUAGAGCAGAUCAUCAUCCACAACGAGCCAAACCCUGUGAAGCCUGGCGAGAAGCAUUACAACAUGGCCAAAAGCCAUCCGGAUGAGAAGAAAGAUGCCUGGGAUGUGAAAAUGCUGCUGGAGCAAUUUAGCUUUGAUAUCGCUGAAAAAGCAGCUCAUGUGUGCCUUGCUCAUCUCUUUACCUACCAAGACUUUGAUAUGGGAACGCUUGGACUGGCUUACGUUGGUUCUCCCAGGCCUAACAGCCAUGGUGGCAUUUGUCCAAAAGCUUAUUACAGUCAAAUUGCCAAGAAGGACAUCUACCUGAACAGUGGCCUAACCAGCACCAAGAACUAUGGCAAAACCAUCCUCACCAAGGAGGCCGACCUGGUUACAACUCACGAGCUGGGACACAACUUUGGAGCGGAGCACGACCCCGACAGCCUGCCCGAGUGCGCCCCGACCGAAGACCAGGGGGGCAAAUACGUCAUGUACCCCAUCGCCGUCAGCGGGGACCACGAGAACAACAAGAUGUUCUCCAGCUGCAGCAAAAAAUCCAUCCACCGGACCAUAGAGAUCAAGGCGCAGGAGUGCUUCCAGGAGCGCAACAACAAGGUGUGCGGCAACUCGCGCGUGGACGAAGGGGAGGAGUGUGACCCCGGCCUCCUGUACCAGCAGGCCGAUCCCUGCUGCUCCGCCGACUGCAAGCUCAGGGACGGGGCCAAGUGCAGUGAUCGAAACAGCCCGUGCUGCAAAGGCUGCCAGUUUGAAAGUGCACAGAAGAAAUGCCAGGAAGCCAUAAACGCGACUUGUAAAGGAGAGUCUUUCUGCACGGGGAACAGCAGCGAGUGCCCUCCUCCGGGCAACGCUCCGGACGACACGGUCUGCGUGGACAUGGGCAAGUGCAAGGACGGGGAGUGUGUCCCUUUCUGCGAGAGGGAGAAGAACCUGCGCUCGUGUGCCUGCAACGAGACGGACAACUCGUGCAAGGUCUGCUGCCGGGACGAGCACGAGCGCUGCGUGCCCUACGUGGACGCCAGCCAGCGCUUCCUGUUCCUGCGCAAGGGCAAGCCCUGCACCGUGGGCUUCUGCGACACCAACGGCAAAUGUGAGAAGCAAGUACAGGAUGUGAUUGAACGAUUCUGGGACUUCAUAGACCAACUUAGCAUCAACACUUUUGGAAAGUUCCUGGCGGAUAAUAUAGUGGGCUCCGUGCUCGUCUUCUCCUUGCUCUUCUGGAUUCCUCUCAGCAUCCUCGUGCACUGUGUGGACAAGAAACUGGACAAGCAGUACGAGGAGAACACCAAGUCGCUCUUCUGCCCCAGUAACGUGGAGAUGCUCAGCAGCCUGGACUCGGCCUCCGUGCGCAUCGUGAAGCCCUUCCCGGCGGCGCCGUCCUCGAGCCGCCACCAGCCGCUGCAGCCCGUGGUGGCGGCGGCGGCAGCGCUGGCCCUGCCGCCCAAGCAGGACCACCAGCGGAUGGACACGAUUCAGGAGGACCCCAGCACCGACUCCCACGUGGACGAGGACGCCUUCGAGAAGGACCCGUUCCCCAACAGCAGCUCGGCUGCCAAAUCCUUCGAGGACUUGACGGAGCAUCCCGUCAUCAGCCGGAGCGAGAAGGCUUCGUCCUUCAAGCUGCAGCGCCAGAGCCGCGUGGACAGCAAGGAGACGGAGUGCUAGGGGCGCAGGGCGCGCUCGCUCGCAUCCGAAACCAUUUCAUUUAUAUAAAUAUAAAUAUAUGUAUAUAUAUUUUUGUGAGGGAGUGGGAGAAAUAAGGAAGUGACCUCCUGCAGAUGCUGGUCAUGUGUAUGACCUUCCUUAAAUUACGUUUAGAGCAUUCUAUCUUUUAAGAACCAAAAUCCAAACUAAAGCCAGCUUGUUUUUUGGAAGCUUUUUGGAUUAUUUUGUCCUCUCUUCUUGACCUUUAACAUUUCCUUCAACCUGUGGUACAAAACGGAGUAUCCCUAUGGAUAUCAGAUGUGUAUAUCAGCCUUUUUUAUAACUUAAUGUUUUGUAGUCUGACAGCACUGAUAGACAAAAUCACGGUCUUUUUAACCAAAACGAAACACUGCAGUACUUGGAGUAGGUCAUUUCAAGGUACAUGUAAGCAAAGAUCUAAAUGUUACUGAGAUAUUGAGAACAAAGUGAGAUUAAUGAAACAGGUUUAAAAAAAUAGCCUAUAAGGAACAUGUGUAAUUGGAAUCCAGGGAUUUAAGAUACGCAGCUUCUAAAAGCAGUCGUUGCAGAGGAUGUAAAACCAAACAGUGCAAGCAAAUGUUUCCUUGAAUAUAAUUUUUAGGAAGGCAGAACUAAUGUUGGGGUGCUCAAAGAGCAGAGCCUCAGUUUGCAGGGGCUCUUUGGUCUUUGGCAGCUCCUACUGCCCCUAAGUUAUUGAGGAAAAUACUGUGCUCCAUUGCAGGGGCGUUGUGAUUUGAAAACAGUGAUAAAAUGAACUCAAAAAGAAGUACAGCUUUGCUAAGCCUUGAGGGCAAGUGCUAAGGAGGAUGCUUCUUGAAUUCCCGUUUCUGCACAUUUAAGACAAUAUAGUGUUAAAGUCUGUAGCUCUGGCAGUGUCCUCCAGGUGCUUGGUGUGAAGAGGGAGCUCCGGACAGAGCAAGGUGCCUUGGCUGGG